GAAAGCAGCCAAGCUCCACCGAAACUUUGACUGCCACGUUUUGUUCUCAUCCACAAUCUCCACCUCUCUUCUGGAAUUCUCUCUCCAUCGCUCCAAUAUUCACGCGCUUGGAGGAUUUGCGACGGAGUCGGAGUUGGAGUCGGAGUCGGAGUCCCAGAGAGAGAGAGAGAUCUUUGUUUCAUGGGCCUUAACCUUAGGGACUUUGGUGGUAUUCAUCCUCCUCCUCUUCCUCUUAUUGAUCUUCUUCAGCAAUGGCCAAUACUCUGAUUCUCGGGCCCAGAUUUUCCUUCGCUUUUCGCAUCCUUCACAGACUACUACCCAUUACCGGCUUUCACCUUCUCCUCAUCUUUCUUCACUCCCUCUUAUAGCUCUUGCUCCCGUUGCCGGUUCUCCCGGCACCCUUUCCCUCUUCUCUCUCUCUGCUUGGUUCCUCGGAAAAUUACUCACGCAGCAAGUAAUAAUCUAUUCCUGCAUUUUCUCGACUAAACUCAGACUUUUUUCUUAUUCUUAUUCAUUCAUUUUAUACUUCAACUUUUGCCUUGGAAAAAAAGGGGAAAAUGUGCUGCUUUUUCCCCUCUGGUUGGUUGCUCUGAAAAGGUGGGAUAGUCAGUGAAACUUCUACUUUGAAACAUCUUGAAUUCCUGGAAAAAUAAAAACUACCCAAUACCCAACUUAUUAACUUGAGACAAACGAGGGAUUGAGAAUGGUAUCGGUGUUUCUGUACCAUGUGGUGGGCGAUCUGACGGUCGGGAAGCCGGAGAUGGUGGAGUUCCUGGAGACGGAGACGGUGGAGUCGGCUAUACGUGCUAUCGGAGAGUCGACGGAAGGGGGGAUAGCGGUGUGGAAGAAGAGAUCACAGCAUGGGGGUGUGAUCGAGAAUGGGGAGAUGAGGCAGCAGAGGUUUGUGGGUAUUCUUAAUUCUCUUGACAUUGUUGCAUUCUUGGCAAAGAGGGAGUAUUUGGAGGAUCGGGACAACGCCAUGAAGACACCGGUUUCCCAGGUUGUUGUGCCUAAUAAUUUCUUGUUGAGGCAGGUUGAUCCUGGGACAAGAUUGAUAGAUGCACUGGAGAUGAUGAAGCAAGGUGUGAAGCGUCUUCUUGUUCCCAAGAGUCUGGGAUGGAAAGGCAUGAGCAAGCGAUUCUCAAUUCUCUACAAUGGUAAGUGGCUUAAGAAUAUUGAUACCUCUACCGGCAGCAGCAAUAACCUCAAUGCCAACAGCAAUCGGACUUCCUCUUCCGCCACCAUCAUCCGUGAUAAGUUUUGCUGUCUGUCAAGAGAAGAUGUCAUCCGUUUCCUUAUUGGUUGCCUUGGUGCUCUGGCUCCACUCCCUCUGUCCUCCAUUUCCUCCCUUGGGGCCAUCAACCCAAACUACUACUCUAUUGAGGCCUCCUUGCCAGCCAUUGAAGCAACUCGAAAGCUCCCUGAAGACCCUACUGCAGUAGCCGUUGUGGAACACUUGCCAGAUGGUCGGUAUAAGAUCAUUGGAGAUAUCUCUGCCACCAAACUAUGGAAAUGUGAUUACUUAGCGGCAGCAUGGGCUUUAGCCAAUCUUUCAGCUGGACAAUUUGUGAUGGGAGUUGAAGAUGAUGUGACCUUAAGGUCAUUGCCUGAUUUCGCUGUAAAUUCAGCAGUUGGCAAUAACAAUUUGGCCAAUGGAGGUGGUGGAUCAACAAGGCCAAAGAAAUUUAGUAGCAGGAGUAUUGGGUUCUUUAGCAAUGCUACUAGUCACAGUUUUGGUGUCAGUAGGAGCAUGUAUAGGGGCAGAAGUGCACCCUUGACAUGUAAGGUUACGAGUUCUUUGGCCGCCGUCAUGGCUCAGAUGUUGUCUCACAGGGCUACUCAUGUUUGGGUGACCGAGGAUGAAAGUGAUGAUCUUUUAGUUGGGGUGGUGGGUUAUACUGACAUUUUGGUUGCUGUGACCAAACAACAACCUGCUGCACCUACCUCCUGCCAAUCGAUCUUAUGAGGCAUUUGGAAAUGAAAUUCAAACUUGAAUUUGUUGAUUUCUUUUCCUAGUGCUUUUGAGUGUUGUAUUUCAGCAAUAGGGUGUAUAAGAGAUUUGGGCUUGCGUGAUAUAUAUGUAUGUUUGGCAAGGUUCUGUAUUAUUUGAUUGUAGUAAUGAAAUCAUUCAGUUGUGAUCC